AUGGAACCAAGUGCAAAACGUUCAAGAUUACAACAAAAUCUAAAUGUGAAAAUAAAAGCUAUAUUAUCGGAUGCAUAUAAUUUAAACCAACCAUUGGAAAGUGUUUAUAUAUGCCAAGUGAAUAAUAAAAAACAAAUAUCAGUUAUUAUGAAACAAUUAGCCGAAUUGCUACCACUGACAACGCUGCAACAUCUUAAACGUGUUAAUCAAAAUAAUAUUAUUAUAUGCAAAUCUAAUGAUCUUGCCGAGUUGCCACUAAAAACAUACCUACAGAAUGCGAAAUUAAGUCCUGAUAUAAUUGCAAAUAUUAUCGACAAUGUUAAAAAAAUUAAAGUUCCCGGUGCCGCAACUAAAUUACGUAUGCAAUACACAGUCAUGCAUAAAUUAUGGCCAUGCAAAUUUCAUCCUGACAAAUAUAUGGAAUCACUCUAUGAUGGCACUAAUUUUACAAUAACGCAAAAAAAUUUUCAUACCAAAAUGACAAAUCUAAUUUUAACACUAUCCAACGUCUUGGAACAAAAUAAACCGUUUGGUAUUUGUAUUGAUCCACGCACAAAUUCAAUAGUUGCCUUAACAGCUAGUAAAACAGAUUUAAGCUCUGUUAUGCAUUGUCCUAUGGUAUUAAUAGAUUUAGUAGCAAAGACACAAGAAGGUGGUGCUUGGUGUACAAAAUUAAAAAAUCUUCGCACAUCAAAUGAAGAAAAUUCGGAAUCUAUAGACUCUAUAUUUGGUUAUGUUGAUCUAAGCCUUUCUAAACACGUUAUCACUAAUUUUGAUGAGAUUUGGGUGCGUUAA